AUGGCGCCCGCGCCCGCGCCCGAAAAAGGCACCCAGAAACACCUUAGCACCCCUACAGGCACCUCACGUAGAGGCACCUCAGCCCCUUAUCCACAGCCUAAGCCCUCAACUCAACCAAGGACGAUAUCCACGGCGUCAUUUUUCAUACCUCAUUGUACACCACCCACCUCUUCAGCCAAAGGCGAAGCAUUGCAAAACCUCUCAUCCUUCCAGCUCCUGCCUGCAGAGCUCCGGUUCAAGAUAUAUGCGCACAUUUUCGAACCACAUCGCGUCGAACUCGUCCGCCAGCGCGACAAAGAUCCCAGCAAGCAUAUCAAACGAGUCCACUAUCGACUGUACCACCGUCAACUCCAGCCCCGAAAUCCCUUGACCCAGGUUUUGCCAUGGCACAAGUACCGAUCCUUGCUCCCCAUCGCCCUCCCAUUUACCUGUCGCAUCAUGUACUGUGACACGCUCUGCCUUCUCUACUCAUCCACCCAGUUCAUCUUCAACACCACCAAAGCCAUGACUCGGUUUUUCCAAAUCACCCCGAAAGAAGCGCAGUCUGCCAUCCGCCAUGUGGAGAUCAACCAGUCCAUGUACAGUGAGCCACAUCUGACCAAGUUCCGAGUCUUCAAAGUGCGCAGCGACUGGGCUUUCUAUCGCGCCUGCGGAAAGCUCAUCGAGUCCUGUCCCAGGCUACGCGUGUUGUAUAUCGACUUCUGCAUCCGUGACUGGCCCAUCAAUCUUGAGAUCGGCGAACCGUGGUCGUUGCCCCUCAUGCGCUUCGCGGAUUACAAAGAUAGGUUGGACUUUGUGAGCAUUCGUCUGCAGACGGGUGGGUUCAAUGAGAAGGAGUUGAACGAGGUAGCCAAGGCACUGGAGAAGAGGUUUAUGAAGCCUUUGUUGUUUCAACUCAGGGAAGACGAGCGUCUAGCAAGAGAGCUGAAAGGGGCAGUAAAGGCUAAACGUGUACUGAGAAUCGGUUGA